AUGCGUCUCUGCCAGGGCUUAUCGCUCUGCAGAAACAGGCUUGGUAUAGACAAGGCGAAUUUAGCGACUUGGCGUUUAAGCCUGCAUCCGUACCUCCGCCAGGUCACUCUUUUUUCGCGUUCCCAGUUCUCUUCGUCCUCCUUGACACAAAGUCAACCGGAGUUUGGCAUCAAACGGCCCCGCAAGGCUCCGCCCCUAUCAACAUACGAAUAUCGGCCGUUACCGGGUCCUAAAUCGACACGUAUUGCCAUCCUUGAGCCAGCAGAGGGCUUCAACGAGCCAGUAAGACUGACUUUGAAACGCGUGUCACUUCAAAAUCUGGGUCGAGUUCGAUAUGAAGCAUUAUCUUACGUGUGGGGACCAGUCUCGGGAGAUCGACGCGUCUAUUGCGAUGGCAAGAUCAUCCACAUCACCCCAAACUGCGAAUCAGCUCUGCGGCAUCUCCGGUUGAAGAAAAAGAAGAGGACCCUUUGGAUCGAUGCACUCUGCAUAAACCAGAACUCCAAUACGGAACGGAGUAGACAGGUGCCGUUGAUGGGAGAUAUCUACGAAUCUGCCUCACGAGUGCUCAUCUGGCUUGGGCCCGGUAGCGACGAGAUAGCUUCCGUCUUCCACCGGGCGACUUUUCUUAGCCCAUUCAUUUCCUCUCCUCUCUUCUUUCUCCGAUCGUUUGGUCCAAGAGUUGGAGACCAGGUCCGGAAAUGGAACCUUGUCUACUCGGUUUCCAACUGGCUUUGGCACCGGUUCUAUCACAGAAGCCUUGCUGAUGCAGAGGGGAUAAUUCACAUCAGCUGCAAUGAAUGGUUCUCGCGGAUGUGGACUAUCCAAGAACAUUUACUCGCAAAACAAUCGGUCCUGGUCGCUGGAUACCAUUACUGCUCUUGGACGGCAUUUUCUUCGUAUUGGAUGUGGAGUCUUCGGGCGAUUCACUCCCUAAGAAAGGGCUCGCUGCCAGCUUCCUUGCGCAUUGCGACUUGGGUUGCCUUUAAGAAUACAGCGGCAGCCAAACGAGGCCAAAGCAUAUCAUCCGCCUCAUUCGACAUUUUUUCUGGCUUUGUAGAAUGUGCUCGCACCCACCGAGCAAGAGAUCCCCGAGACAAGGUGUAUGCUUUCUUGCCCCUCAUCCAAAAACUCCAGCCCAGUGUCGCUCCGUUACCUGUCAACUACUCCCUCUCGUAUUCCCGUGUCUAUCAAGAUUUUGCAAGAUACACAAUUCGGCUUUCAGGCACGCUAAAGUACUUGGAAAGCCUUCCGCCACUUCGACAUAAGAGCUCAUUGCCAUCUUGGGUCAUGGAUCUUCAAACCCCUGCCAAGUUUGCCAUGAAGAGAUGGGCAGCCAGUCAACUUGAUGCCAGGGCUACUGGCGAUAGCAAGGUGGAUCUUCAGUUAUUGGAGUAUUCAAGGUCGCAUGAGCUCUUGCUAAGGGGCUCCAAGGUUUCACACAUCAAAGUACUUUCGACCCCAGCUCCAAUGAAGCCAGAGCAUGCUGAUGAGCUCAAGGAUUGGUUUUUCGGGUGGAUUGGGGACAUAGGGACAGCCGUUCGGCAAGGAAAUCUCCCUUGGGCAUACAACUCAGUGGAAUCGGGGCUUGACGAGUUCCUUGAUGGCGUAAUUCGAUUCGACCCGUUUCUGGGUGGCAGUGUCUUAUUCUUAACGUCUUCGGGUCACGUCGGGGUCUCUAAUUUUCAUCUUCAGCAUGGAGAUCAAAUCGUUCUGCUUGCAGGCUGUUCUCUGCCCACAGUUCUCAGGUCUUCAGGGAGUCAAGGGAAGAUGCAUUUUCUAGGAGUCUCCUUCGUCGCCGGUAUUAGCCAUGGAGAAGCUUGGGACCACCUCAGCACGAAUGACACGGCCACAACGCGCCUCGAAACAUUUACUCUAAUCUAG